AUGGCAAGAAUCACCUGUCAAGUUCUUGCUACUCUGCUCCUGUAUUUCUCUAGCUUCUGCUUUUCAACCAGUACAGACUGCUCGUCCAGUACUGGAAACUCAAUACGAGCGAAACGAGGAUGUCCAAUGUCUCCCUAUGCAACGUUUUUGACCGAGGACCAGCAGGAAACUCUACACGAGCUUGUAACGGAAGCUCGACAGCAAGGAGCAGACGAGUAUCAAGUAAAAGAACAUAUUGACGCUUACAUAAGCAAAAUAUUGCCGCCGCAAAGGUAUUCUGAAUUUCAACAAGCCUAUGAACGAUUCGAGGCUGAACGACGAGGGAAACGGAGCGCCGAAGAGAAACAGCUUCCUAAGAAAGUCUAUGAUCUUGUCGAUCAAUACUCGGGAUCAUCGCUAGAUAUCGACUACAGCAAAUUCUACAAGGAUGACGUGCGAAGACUGCGGAACCUAUGA